UCAUGGCAUGAUUCUUAUACAUGAAUGGAUAUGCUCGUACGAUAGAUUUAUGCUUGGUUUAUUCGUUUGGCUGUUCACCAACGUCGAGUGUGUAGUUAUUAUUGUAUGUUCAGCGAACAAACCCAAAGGCCAACUUGAAUUCAAAACAGUAUUGUUUAAUAGGCCAGGACUUUUUUGCAGUUGAAUCUCACCUUCAACAAUCUCUUGUUUGGAUAAAAAUGGCACCACACAACGAAUGCAACCGAGCGGAGCUAUUAUCAACGUCAGGGGAUCAGGUUAUUGAGGGCGUCGCUAGAAAACGCCAUCACAGUGACAUCGUCUGGAGGAAUGUUCUAAUCAUGGGGUUCAUCCAUCUUAGUGCCGUAUAUUCGUUCUUAUUCGUGACUUGGAAAUGUCAUUGGCUUACGUUAGUAUGGGCUGUCAUCUUGUAUUUACUGAAUGGUCUUGGUAUAACGGCUGGGGCACAUAGGCUAUGGGCCCAUCGAAGCUACAAGGCAAAGUUACCUCUGAGGAUUUUUCUUGCCGCAUGCAAUUGCAUUGCAUUCCAGAAUAGUAUAUUUGAAUGGGCACGUGAUCAUCGCGUACAUCACAAGUACUCUGAGACGGACGCCGAUCCCCACAAUGCAAAGCGAGGGUUCUUUUUCUCUCACGUUGGUUGGCUACUGGUUCGUAAACAUCCUGACGUCACUAACAAAGGAUCUCGUCUGAAGAUGGAUGAUCUGUUGGCAGAUCCUGUCGUACGAAUCCAGAAAAAGUACUAUUUCAUCCUCAUGCCGCUUAUGUGUUUUGUAUUGCCAACGAUCAUACCGACACUUUGGAAUGAAUCUUUAUGGAACGCCUACUUCGUUGCUGCCGUUCUACGUUACUGUAUCGCAUUGAAUUGUACUUGGAUGGUGAAUAGCUUUGCUCACUUUUGGGGAAAUAGACCAUACGAUAAGCAUAUCAACCCAGCACAGAACAGUUUUGUAGCAGGCUUGUCUCUCGGCGAAGGCUGGCAUAACUAUCACCAUACCUUUCCAAACGACUACCGCACAGGCGAGUUCGGCUGGAAGCUCAAUCCAACCACGAUGCUUAUUGACUGUAUGUACGUUCUAGGCCAAGCCUACGAUUGCAAUGAGAUCAAACAUGAAGUCAUUGAUGCCCGGAGACGUCGGACAGGAGACAGAAGCUAGGAACAGAUAGAAUACUGUAGGCCUAGCAUUUUUAUCCUGUUUAUAUUUUAUUUCAAUAUCUAGAAUAGAUUUAUAUUGACUCAUAUUUGUCAGUCUUCAAGCUGAGUUUCCGUUAUCUUAAAAUAUUAAUAAUAAUUAUGUACAAAACAGAUUUCAGUAUUCAGUCAGUAGAACAACUUUUGUAAACAUAGUCGUAACUGUUAUUAAAAUGACCGAUUAUGUAAUUUCCGCGUUUAAACAAUAAUAACGACAAUUACUGCUAAUAUUUAUGGUAUCGAUAAUGAUGAUGACAAUAAUAAUAUUAAAAACUAUAAAAUAAAAGUAUAGUAAUGAUGAAAAAGUGAUAAUGAUUAUAAUAAUAAUAAAAUAGGGCUAAUGAUGAUGAUUAUUGCGAUGAUCAUAGAGACAAGCAUGAUAACGAUUAACGUUAACUAUAUAGAUAAUUAUAAUAAAUAAAAGUAAUAAUAAGUAUUCCCCUUCAUCCACAAAAGUAUUAUGUUAUAUUUCGUUUAUUUAUUUGUCGACGCAUAAGAGGAAUUUUAAAUCAGUUGUUUAAAUUGCAGGCAUAAGUUGUAAUCAAUUUGAUAGUACGGUAAUGAGGAUAAUUAAUAAUCUAUAUGAUUAUUAAUUUGUAAUAUUGUUAAUGAGGACUGCAAUAAUAAUAGUAUUACAAAUACGGAUGAUUCACGAUUAAAAUAAAAAUUAAGAUAAUUAUUAUGAGUAUAAGAACAUAAUAAUAAUUGUAGACAAUUAUAAAGAUAGCAUGCUAGUAAUGAAAAAAGAAACAUUUGAGCAGAUGUUGGAAUCAAUAAAAUACGCCUAGCGAAAGAAACACCAUA